AUGGAAGAUUUAUUCGAUUUCCUAACUCAAUCCGCAUUUCAAGAAAUCAACGAACACAACAAGAUUGCGAACAACAAAUAUGGGAACAACAAAUAUGUUCCUAAGGCUCAUUCAACGAAUAGACAGUUACGCGAUCUCUCUAGUCUUAAAUUACGCGAACGCCUCAUUCACUUGUUGGCACUGAAGCCUUUCACUCAGCGUGAACUAAAUGCGCGUCUACAAAAAGAUGGCAUACGCAAACCUGAAAAGUCAUUAAUUGGAAAUGUUCUGGCGGAAAUUGCUCAACUAAGCAACAAUGAGUUCUGUUUGAAAAGUUGUAUGUGGAACGAAGUGAAACCAAAUUGGUCUUAUUACACGGCACAGGAACGGCAGCAGUUGAAGUUACGGAAGACACAGAAAUUGUCAAUCCCAACCAUCUCAAACGAGGUUACCACAAUUUCUAGUCAAACGUCUGCUCCAAUAAUUAGCGCUUCUCUACCAAUUCAUAAAGAAGCCGUAAACGAAAUCUCUGGGAAGCGUCCUUGUUUGGAGCACGAAGAGCCCCAGAAUAAUAAAAAACGUCGUCGUGUUGUUGGCAAUAGCAACAAUAUCUAUUCACAACCAAAUAUUAAGAACAUAGGCAACAAAAGCCAAUGCAACGGAGCACAACCAGAUCACAAGGAGAUCCCACACAAGGAACCAGUUCUUCAAACAACCUCCAAAGUAUCCAGUAAUAAUACCGCCGAGAAGAGCCAGCAUCAAGAACUAACUCGGCAGAAAAUCCAAAAAGUAUCAGGUGAUGGUAAUCACAAGAAGAGCUCACAAAAGGAGUCUGUUCUUAAGACAGCUUCUGAUACUAUCUACAAAAACAACCAAUGCCAGGAAUCAGUUUCAGAGAUUGCUUCUACAUUUUCAGCUGUCAAUACCAUUAAAAAUAAACAUCAUCAGAAACCAGUCCUCCAAACAUACAUCGCAGUACCUGAUGGAGAUAUUUAUAAGAGUCAACAAUACCAGAAACCACUAGGAAUCUCUGAGAGAAGCCAGCACCUAGAACCAGCUCUACAGUUAAAAAACAAAGUAUCAGAUAGGGCUAUUCACAAGAAGAGCACGCAAAAGGAACCAGCUUCUGAAGUAGCAGUUACUGAUAUGUACCAAAAUUACCAACGCCAGGAAUCAGUUCCUAAGUUUGCUUCAAAAUUUUUAAGUGUCGAAACCAUUGAAAAUAAACAACAUCGGAAACCUGUUCCCCAAACAUACGCCGUAGUGCCCGGUAGCGAUAUUUGUAAGAGUCACCAACAAAAGAGACCAGCAGGAAUCCCUGAGAAGAUGAAGCAAGAAUCAAUUGUACAGAUAAACAAUAAAGUAUCAGGUAUAGAUACUCAGAGGAGAAGUUUGGAAGCAGUUAUCAAAACAGCUUCUGAAGUAACAGUUACUGAUAUCUACAAAAAUAACAAACGCCAGGAAUAUGUUUCACAGGUAGCUUCAAAAGUUUCAGCUAACGAUACUAAUAAGAAUGACAAACAUCAGAAACAAGCUUUCCAAACAAACUCCGUGGCAUCCGGUGGCGAUAUUUACAAAAGUCACCAACACCGGAAACCAGUUCUCCAAACAACAACUACAGAGCAUCCUGUUAUUGCAAAAAAGGUAAUUCCAAGCUACGACUUUAGUCUUUACUCGACUGUUCAAAGCAUUGAACAGCGAUGUGAGUACAAAUACGAUUUUGAGCGCAUUUACGAAGAGUACUUUCGACUACGACAGCGCAUCGAAGAAGUGCGUUACAUUUUCCGUGUACUGCCCGAGCAGUUGAAAAAUGUGCCCGAAGGAUCUUCGGAAUACCAGCGUAUCGCAAACCGAAUUUUUGCUGAAUAUGAGCGACUCAAUUCUAAGGAAGAGAUUGAGCUCAAGCGACGUUUUGACUAUUUGGAGGCGAAGUUGAUCCAUAUCAAACAGCGUGUAGAUGAUUUUGACCAGAAGCAGGCGAAGGAAAAUGCAGCGCAGGCUGCGUUGGCCGCAUACUCACAAAGAUAG